AUACGUUAGUUAUUACAAUAACAAAAACAGAAGAAAGAAAGAAAGAAGCCAUUAAUAUUUUCUCAUUCUCUCAUUUUCUCAUUAUCUCUCUCUCUCUCUCUCUCUCUCUGCAUGAAACAAACCGAAGCACUCACCGAAAUGGCUCACCAUCACCAGCUCGAGCUUGAUCUUGAUCAUCAUCAGCUAAUCGACGGCGACGAUCGCCGCUUCGAACGGAGACGAACCUCGUCUCCAAAGUCAGACCAAAACGACGCUGAAAAAAGCGUAGCCGAGCAGAGGUCUCCUUCGAUAUCGUCUUCUUCUUCUUCUUCGUCGAGUAAUUUCGAAGAGAAGAAAGGUUUAGCAUUCGCUGAAGACAGCGGAAAAGAAGAGAAGGAGGUGAGUAGGUGGAGAGAGUUAUCGUCGGAGGAUAAUGGAAGAGAGAGGCUGAAGAGGCAUCGGAUUGAGAUGGCGGGUAGGGUUUGGAUCCCUGAUAUUUGGGGGCAAGAGGAUCUGUUGAAGGAUUGGAUUGAUUGUAAUGCUUUUGACGCUUGUUUGGUCCCUAAUGGGAUUAUGUCGGCCAGGGCUUCUUUGGUUGAAGAAGGAAGAAGAGCCACUUCUCAAGGACUAAGAAUAGAGAACAGGUGUUAGAAAGAAACUCUUUUAUUUCUCCUUUUUUUUCAUUUUAAAAUUUUUAUAAUGAUAAUUUUCGAGAUUUAUGAUGAUCAUUGAGAAUUAAUACUAUUGUUAUUAUAUAUUAUUGUUGUUGUAGUACAAUGAUAUUUCAUUCAAAAAAAUGAUCUUCUUGGAUACUACUAGAUAUAUAUUGUUAUUAUCUUCUCUAAUGGAGUAGUAGUGGUUGUUAUUGUACCACUCUCAAGCUAGCUUCUUCCUGUUUUAAUUUUAUAAUUGAACAAUCAUUCUCUUAA